GUUUAACGAGGCAAUGUUUUUCUCGCAGUAGUAUUCAGAUAACAAGCCAGCGGAUCUGAGUUGCGGUUACAAGCGCUGUCAACCGACGGCUAAUAAGCUGAAAAACAAAUGCAGUUUCUCAGAAAGAAGACCUCUGCUUCAACAGGCGACGAAGAAAAACACGCUUUUCUCUCCGUGUUUGUUUUUUGUUCAUCUGCAUGGAGCGGAGUCGGAGUUUGUCUGCAAUCUCUCCGCCUGUCCGUGGAUUAACACCAGACUCGACUCUGAAAGCGAUAUCGCCUCUAAAGUGAGAAAUUGAGGAUUAUUUUGGAGCAUCCCGUGUGAUUACAUGUGGGGGUUUUUUCGUUGCGUUUCGGCUGUCGCUUGUUUCCUCCAGUUUGCGGGCAACGUAAAAGUGGAAAUCCAGUGAAGUCCGGACCCAGCGGACACUUGUUGAAACACAAAUUAACCGAGUAAAACCCUUUUUGCCCCGACUGCUAGUGAGCCGUGCUAACGCUCGGCAGCGAGGUUUUUAAAACAGCUAACGAGGCUAACAACUUUCUCCUGAGCGCCGCAGAUAAAACCCUUCCAGCGCAGAUUACCUUCAAUACGUGUCUGUUACACGUCGACCGAGUGUCGGGAAGUUUUUCGGCGGACAAAGUGCGUUUUUUUGUCAGUGAGAUAUUGUGAAAUGACACUGACAGCAGCUUAGCUCCCUCGGUUAGCCGCAGCUGUUCCGUUAGCACCGAGCGGCUAACGCUGCGUUAAGUUGAGAUUCAAACAAGUGGUUCAGGUGGAAAUGUUUCUCCAUGUGAACUUAUAUUGUACCGGUGACUUCUUGUAACCAACGCGGCACUUUAGGCCACUUAUUAACUCGCAAACGCGGAUAUAUAUUGUCGUUACAAAGGCUUUAAUUGUCACUCCAAAGACACUUGGGAGUGUGAAUUAAACUUUGGCUCAACCUGUAAUGUGUGCUGUGCUUUUGCAACACAGAUGGCUUCACUGACAGACUUUGAGAAAUAGACUCCCAGCAUCGUCUUCUACUCUCUCUCCCCCCUUCCUCCUCCUCCUCCUCCUCCUCUCGGGUAGCUGAAGUUGUGAGACUGCGGCCCGCACAAUGUCCGGCUCCCCGGGCACAGGUGGCUCCAACCCCAGGAAGUUCAGCGAGAAGAUUGCGCUGCACAACCAGAAGCAGGCAGAGGAGACGCGGGCCUUCGAGCAGCUGAUGACAGACCUCACUGUUUCAAGGGUGCAGUUUCAGAAGAUCCAGCAGCUUCGUUUGUCUCAGUCUCGGGCGCCGUACUAUGGAGGCUCUCUGCCGAACGUCAAUCAGAUCGGCAACGCCAGCGUUGAAUUUCAGGGUGGCUUUCAGUCAGGGUUGGACUCGGUCAGAGGGACCCGCCACCACGGACUGGUCGAGAGGGUCCACAGGGAGCGCAACCGCAUCAACUCUCCCCAUCGACGACCCAUCGACAAGCAUGGACGGCAGAUAGAGAGCUCUCCGUAUGGAGCGGUGUACCUGUCCCCACCUCUGGAUAACAACUGGAGAAGGGAACAGCAGCCAUGGACUGAGGAAAAACGGCCUGGGUUUAGAUUAAUAUCACAACUCAACAGAACCAACUCAGACUCUGCUCUGCAUACGAGCGCUAUGAACCCAAACCCUCAGGACCCCUUUGGCAUGAACCAGCAGAUGGGUCGAGGCCCCCCCCAGCGCAAUGCUAGUGUAAAUGAGGCAGAGGUGGACGGCUCCGGAAACGUGUUCUCGUUCCCCUCCCUGUCUAAUGAGGAGAGUCUAAUAGGUGUCAGUAAGCCCCUUCCCAAGCAGCUGUGGGAGGCCAAGAAGGUCCAGUCUCUGGCAUCAAGGCCUAAAUCGUGUGAAGUGCCUGGAAUCAAUAUAUUCCCGUCUCCGGAGCAGAACCCCGGUCUGUCCCACUACCAGGGCUUGUUAAAUACCGGCGGCUCCCUGCCCGACCUCAGCAACCUGCACUUCCCCUCACCGCUCUCCACCCCGCUGGACCCAGACGACAACGGAGGGUACCCCAACCUCAGUGGGGGCAGCAGCACCGGAAACCUGCCGGCUGCCAUGAUGCACCUAGGCAUCGGCAACUCACAGGGUCUCUCCUCCUCUCUGAGCAAUCCCUCAAUCCAGCAGUCCCUCAACAACUGUCAGCUGCAGUCGUCGCUCAGCAAUCCCUCCAUCAACUCAUCCCUGCGUCUCUCCAACAACUCCCCUCGGAGACGGCCCGCUCCCAUCAGCCCCCUCACCCUGUCUCCUGGCACUGAGCAGCGCAGGGGUCUUGCCAAGCAGCUCUCUCCCACCAUGUCCCCCUCGCUGUCCCCCAUUACACAGGGAGUAGCUUUGGAUACCAGCAACAUGCCAAGGGAGCCGCCCCCACCCUAUCCGCUCUACCAACAAUCCCAGCAUGCAGUGGACCAGAGCCGACAAUGCCAACAGCAACACCAGCAGCAGCAACACCAGCAGCAUCAACAGCAACAGCAACAGCAACAGCUUCAUCAACAGCUUCAUCAACAGCUUCAUCAACAGCAACAGCAUCAGCAGCAGCAACAACAGCAACAGCAGCCCCUUUCCCCCCUUCAGAACAUCCAAAUGGACUUCAACAGCCAACACAACAACAUGGGGACACUCUUCAACGACCCCUUCAUGGAGCCACAGUACUCCAAUCGCCAGAGCAAGACCCUCCCCUAUCAGUUUUACAUGGGAAAUUACUCUGUGGCAUCAGUUCAUCACUCCACUGAAAAUUUGGACCAGUUCUCUCUGUUGGAAAACGCGAUGUGCUCCACAGCAGGGGGUUCUUGCUUCGACCCUUCCUCCUCCUUGCUGUACUACUCCCAGGCUGCCCUCUCAGGGCUGGGUGGCAGCCACGGCAGCCUGCAGGACCCUAAUCACAUGAGGUCCAACAUGCUGUACUCCAACUGCAGCGGAGGACUGCCCAAUAUCAUACUCACUGAUGACUCCAACCCCAGUCUGUCAAAGGACAUCAGCAGCGCACUCUCUACGGUGCCUGAAUGUUUUGACUCAGAGGGUGGCUUCCCGUUGGAGGACGAGCUGCGCAUCGAGCCCCUCAGCCUGGACGGUCUGAGCAUGCUCAGUGAUCCCGACAUGGUGCUGCCGGACCCAUCUGUGGAGGAUACUUUUCGCAGUGACAGACUCUGAACAUAAAGAGCGUCACAGGUUUAAAGAAAAAGAACACACACCUGGAUUUGCAGUGUAUAGAGUGUACAGAUCUGAAUAUGCAUGCCAACGAUCUCUAUAGGGCCACUGUGCAUGCAUCCACUGCCACUAAGAUUCAUUAAAUGUGAAAGACGAUGAACGUGUGCACAGUCAUGCACACACAUUUUUAAGGAGGAGACUUGUGAACAAACACUGUUUACAACUGCUUCAUGCAAAGUUACCCUCACACAUGCUCGAGCUCGUGUUUCUCAGACUUUAUUUUAAAUGGAGGAUCGGCGCAGUUUGGGGUGUAAAAUCAGCACUGGGAGCAGAAGUAGGUCCAGUUCCGAGAGUCUGCACCUCCUCCAGGCCGCUUCUCCCCCUCCAACCAAAAAGAGUCGGGUGAAAACAUGUGAUACAAUCCAGCGAGGAGCCAAAGUCCUCCCGCUUCUUUCUCUCAUCACCAGCUCACAGCCCCCCUGAAGCCAUGGCAACCUCGUCGCCACGGUUACACACCAUAGCAACCCCAUCGCCAUGCUGAAGAGCAGCAGGAAUGCCAACACACAAUUUACUUCCAGUAAAUGAGGUAACGGGAGCCCAGAGCUGUUACUGCUCACAGCUGGAGCAGUGACAUGUCGGUGGCGAAACAUCUGGCCGCCCAGGUGAAGUGAAAACCGGCCGCGUCGUGGCUACUUCAGGCUCUCGAACAAUCACGGUAGAAAUGAAGACUAGAGAGAUUAGAGCUUUUUUUUUAAAAUGUAUUUCUUUACAUAUGGAAUCAGAUUAUUUUUGAGAUGUUUGCCACAGAUCUAUAAAUAUAAAUAUAUAUACAUAUAUAAGCCUGAUUAGAUUGUAUUUUCAAACUAGAAACAAAAAGGGCAAACUGUUUACAAAGAUGAGAUUUUAAUAAGUAAAUAUUACUUAAGAGUAUAGAUUUUUGAAUUUCUAAUUGAGAAAUGAAAUUCUAACAUGUAUUGAAUAAAUGCUAUAUUUUUCCUUGUAAUUUGGAUGGAUAUUCCCCCUCCUCAGUCACAGAUGAAUCGGCUGUGAUUUCCUUUGGCAGAACUCUUACAGCACUGGGACAGCGUUCAAAUCCAAUUUUAAAAAGGAAGCUCACGUUUUUUUUUGUUUUUGAAAAUACUUCUAUGUACAUUCAUUGCAUAUGUUUUCUUUUACAUUUUGUACUGAUUCUGUAAUGGCGCUUGUACUGUACUUUAAAUCUUGUUGUGAAUAAGGGCAUGCGCUGUGCUACUGUGGAUCGAUUAUGUCCUAAAUAUCUUUUUUUUUUUGCAUCCGGCUUUCCGUCUUCGUGUUGCGGCAGCACAGUGACCCCCCCCCCUCUGUGGUUGAACAGUCAGUGACAAAAAGAAAGACUGUAAUCAUGUGGACAUCGGACAUCAUGUAACAUUGCACUUAACUUAUUUUGCACUAAUUGGUUCACAGUGUGUAGACUGAUAUUUUUACACCUGGUAAGAGUGUUUUGUUUUUUUUACCUGAUAACCCAAAGAAGUUGAAUGAAGUCAUUACUAAGAAAAGUGAGACUUUAUGUGAAUAAAUAUGAGAAGUCACUUCACAUAC